GGCACUCUCUGAAAGUCGCAGCCCAGCACCGCUGAGGCCUGUCUGCCGAGUCCACAGCUCUCAGCACCAUGCCCAUGACACUGGGUUACUGGGAUAUCCGCGGGCUGGCUCACGCCAUCCGCCUGCUCCUGGAAUACACAGACUCCAGCUAUGAGGAAAAGAAGUACACGAUGGGGGACGCUCCUGACUAUGACAGAAGCCAGUGGCUGAAUGAGAAAUUCAAGCUGGGCUUGGACUUCCCCAAUCUGCCCUACUUAAUUGAUGGGGCUCACAGGAUCACCCAGAGCAACGCCAUCCUGCGCUACAUUGCCCGCAAGCACAACCUGUAUGGAGAGACAGAAGAAGAGAAGAUCCGCGUGGAUAUUUUGGAGAACCAGCUUAUGGACACCCGCAUGCAGCUGGCCAUGGUCUGCUACAGCCCUGAGUUUGAGAAACUGAAGCCAGAGUAUGUGGAGGGACUCCCUGAAAAGAUGAAGCUCUUCUCACAUUUCCUAGGGAAGCGGCCAUGGUUUGCAGGGGACAAGAUCACGUUUGUGGAUUUCCUGGCUUAUGAUGUCCUUGACCAGAACCGUAUGUUUGAGCCCAAGUGUCUGGAUGCGUUUCCAAACCUGAAGGACUUCAUGUCCCACUUUGAGGGCCUGAAGAAGAUCUCUGCCUACAUGAAGUCCAGUCGCUUUCUUGCAAGACCUGUGUACGCAAAGCUGGCCCUGUGGGGCAACAAGUAGGGCCAUGAGAGGGAGUGCCUGCUGCCUGCAGUCUGGAGAACAGCAACACUCCCUGCACCCCAGGCUCCGCCUUCUCAUUCCUUUUUCUUCUGCAGGCCUUAUUGGCUUGCUUUCUGUUAAAUGGACCCCCCUCUCCUAUUCAGGCUCUUUAAAGCUUAAGCUUUCUACUUUUGUUCGCAAAAUCCUCCUCCUAAGGUUACUGUUCCCUGCCCUAAAUCCAACCGGACAGUCCUUCCUGUCAGUGGUUGACUCUGCUUUGAGGAUCAUGACUGGACCCCACACUCUCCAGCACUGCCCUGAAAGACCAGCGUGGUCCCUGCGCCAGCCCUAUCUGAUCUCCAGCCAAGUCUGCAGCACUCCUGUUAUGUCUCAUCUUGUUCCCUCUGGCCCAUUGGACUCAAGGCUGACUGUGGUGGAGUUGUGGGGGUGUUCUUUUGUUUUCUGUUGUCCACAGCAGAGGCUGGGUGGAUGGGUAUGUGUGCGUGGGGUGUGGGUGGUCAGGCCAGGUUAUAAGGUGUCUUGAUUAUUUCUGUCCCUCCCCAUGGGGAUUUCUAUGGAAGGAUGCUCUUUCUGUGCCUGGCUUCCUCAUUCAUUCAACAUCAUGGAAUGCCUCCUGUAGGCGAUGUGGAACUGUAUGCAUGGUUCAGAGAGGUUUUGGGUUGAUGGGGAAGGGGGCUGAGUAGUCCACAGGUGGACUACCUUCUGUGAUCCUCUCCCGGAAGCUUUCUCUGAUAUCUUUCCUCUGUGUUCUCAUGGCAUUUCCUAAUAAAAACAUAUCUCACUGUA